UCACAAAAUGAUAAGAACAGCUGCCCGCGCUUCCACACCCCUCACCAACCGACGAAAUUCAAACUUAUAUCUUCUCUUUUAAAUGUCAAAAUCAUGUGUCAUAAUCGGCGGAGGAAUUGCAGGCAUUUCAGCGGCUUUGGCGCUCACAAAAAUCGGCGUCCAAUGCACAGUGUACGAGCUCCGAGCAGCGCCGUCAACAAUCGGCGGGUCAAUAAACCUCACUCCAAACGCACUCCGGCUGUUAGAAUUCCUAGAAGUCGAAGUCCAAGGCUGUCGCGUUGAUUCGAUUGAGAUUUUCUCGCUGCACACAGGCAAAUUGCUUGGCGAGUUGCCGUUCAGGAAAUUUGGUCCUGGAUUGAGGGUCCUGAGGGAGGAGCUACUUCGGUCCUUGUUGUGUGCGACAGAUAGGAAGGGGAUCAAAGUGGUUUAUGAUUCGAAGUUGGCUGCUAUCAAGGACGACAGUGAAGACACAACGGUGACGGCUGUAUUUGCGAAUGGUGAAGAAGUACAGACGAAUUUUAUUCUUGGCUGUGACGGAGUGCAUUCGGCAGUGCGGGGUCAAUACGUCGAGUCGAGUAGAAGACCUGAAUAUACCGGCGUUGUUGUUGCUUACUCGGUUAUUGAUGGGUCGGGAAUCAAGACGCAUUUCCGAUCAACAGCUUUGAAUUCAGGGAGAUUUGGGUCUUUGCUGACGUCGUAUUUUGAUCCUGACCGGGCGAAGAUUUAUGUUGGGGCUGUUAUGGAGAUCAAGGAGGAGAAUGAUAAGCAGGGAUGGAGGGUCAGAGGGAAUGACCGCCAGAAGACCAUGGACGAGAUUGAGAGGAGGUACAAGAAUUCAGCACUUCCAUGCGUUGACGAGCUCAUUAAAGAGGUGAAAGACUUUGUGUUCUAUCCGGUUUAUAAGCUGAGUCCUGGAGGUAUUUGGUCUCGAGGUAGAGUACUAUUGCUGGGUGAUGCUGCUCAUGGGAUGCCACCGCAAGGGGAAAGCACUGGUCUAGCGAUUGAAGAUGCUGUUCUGUUUGCCCGAGUCCUGGAAUGUACUCCUCAAACCUCAGUCGAAGCAAUCUUCCAAUUGUAUGAGAAGACACGGCGACCACGAAUCGACACAGCAUACAAAGAGGCAGUCGCGAGAUGGGAGAACGUAAAAGAUAGGAGUUGGUUUCUUCAAAAAGUGAUCGAGUGGAUGAUGUGGGUGUAUCUGUGGUACAAAAUGGGUGAUUUCGAGGCUAGUAUGUCUUAUGACGUUCGAAAGGAGGAGAUUGCUAUUGAGGCGGAAUUCGAGCCACAUUCUUAAGACUGGAAGAAAGGGUAUUUGUACCAAUAGAAGAGUUGCAAAGUUGUUCUCAGCAGCUGAUAUGUGUCGUGCAGCGUCAAUUGGAUCGAUUUUCGUGAGCUGUUUUGAGGUAAUUGCAAGUAUUUAAGGCCCGGACAAACUUCAACAACUCGU